AGAGCGUUCUGUCUGAAUCGAAUAGGGGGAAAGUAAAGACAGAUGGGGGAGAAAGAGAGAGAGAGAGAGAGAGAUCUGCUGUUGGGAUCAGAAGUGAAAGAAGAAGCGUUCAAUAAUUGGUGAUCGCUCGGAUUUGGGGUUUUGUUUCUCUUUUGAGGAGAUCCAGGAGAAGCUGUACCGGUUCCUACAGACCCGGAAAGUUCCUGCGGCGUUCACACCGGAACGCUCCUGAUCUGCUGUUGGUGGUUAGAAUUCCAGAUCUAUUUCUGUAUAUGCAACAAUAAAGAGGGAGGAAAUGAUUUUUUGGGAAGGUUGAAGACUCGACCACUGGUCAUGUCUCCAUGGAGUCCGAGGACAAGAUUUCUUCCAGUUUUUUUUCGGACACACGUUACGACGGCAAAAGAAUCCGGAUUUCUCUCCAGUGUAAACACUUGUGACACUUCCUGAUUGUGGGAUUAUUUGUCUUUUUUUUCUUAUUAUAAUUUCUCAUAACCAUUGAAUCGGAUCGGAUCCAAAAUAGUCAAGAGCGCGCGCGCGCACGCACACACACACACACACACACACACGCAGAGCUCAUUUUCAACCUUUUAAGGACAACAGCUUUGGACUUGCUCUCCGCUUUGGCUUUCUCCAGUUCCUCACCAUCAUGUUAACACGUGUAACCUUUUCGUUCACUUUAGUUUUGGACCUGGGAAGAAAACACGCAAACCCACGAGUGAAACUUUGUGCGCGGAUUUGAAAGGAGUGAACGCAGGACCAGGAGCUUUUGGAAACAUUGUUGUUGAUGUUUGGCUUCCUUACAAAAAAGCCAUAUAGAAAGUAAAACACACGCACACAAACACACACACACACACACACCUGAGAUGCUUACAGGGACUUUUUGGCGUACAGGCGACUCAAUGUUGGAGAAAUAAUCGGUAGGAGAAACACGCCGGACUGGGAGCUGUGUGGAGAUCAGAUCCGAUCCGCCGAUUGAAGCGGAUACAAAAUGGCGGCGGCUCCGGGACACAUUUCACGUUAUGUGUUUUAUUCCCUCGUGGCCCUCGAACUGUUUUUGGCGCCCGGGUUGGGAUCGGCGUGUCCGCGAGAAUGCACGUGCACUUUAGACACGGCCGACUGCAGCCACCGGAAACUCACCGACUUCCCCAAAGACUUACCCGAUCAGACCGUCUAUCUAAACCUGAGCCACAACCUGCUGACGGCAGUCGAUACGGACAUCCUCAACAAUCUGCCCAACCUUAAAGAAGUGAGACUGGACCACAAUGAGCUGACAUCAAUCCCCGAGUUUGGCAGUGCCGCGCCAGCCAUCGUCACUCUCCAUCUGCACCAUAAUAAGAUUAGCAGCGUACAGGGCAGCCGUCUCCAAAACCUCACCCACCUGGAGACUCUGGAUCUGAGUAAUAAUGACAUCAUCGAUGUGAGAGAACAUUGCUUCCCUCGUGGCCUUCGUGUCCGAGAGCUGGUGCUCAGCAGUAAUAAAAUCGUACACCUGGAGUUCGGAGCGUUCAGGAACCUGAACGACACUCUGCAGGUCCUGAGGCUCGGCAGGAACCGGCUCACCCAGCUGCCUGUCAAGGGCCUCGAGCUUCCCCGACUAAUGCAGCUAGACCUGAGCAGAAACCGGUUGCGCUUGAUAGAAGGACUGACCUUUCAGGGUCUCUCCAAUCUGGAGGUGCUGAAGCUACAAAGGAACAACAUUAGCAAGCUCACGGACGGAGCGUUCUUCGGCCUGGCACGCAUGAGAUCCCUCCAUUUGGACUACAACAGCCUGAAAGAGGUGAACAGUGGCUCUCUGUAUGGCCUUCAGUCUUUGCUUCACCUCCAUCUGUCCAACAACUCAAUCUCAAGCUUCAACCCUGAGGGAUGGCGCUUCUGCGAGAGGCUGCGAGAGCUGCAUCUGGGCUAUAACAACUUGACGAAGCUGGCCGAGGGCAGUUUUGUUAAGUUGGCCAACUUGCAGACCCUUCAACUGAGCCACAACUCCAUCAGCAAUAUAGCAGAGGGGGCUUUCAGAGGGCUGACCUCCUUACGCUUACUGGAGCUUGACCACAAUGCCAUUUCUGGAACAAUCGAGGACACCAGCGGUGCCUUUGCUGGCCUGAAGAAACUCCGGAAGCUGACACUGUUCGGAAACAAAAUCAAGUCAGUGGCCAAGAAAGCCUUCUCAGGCCUUGAAGCCCUCGAGCACCUAAACCUGGGCGGAAAUGCCAUCCUUUCCAUUCUACCAGAUGCCUUCAACAACAUGAAGAACCUCCGCACACUCGAGAUCUUGAGCGAUAGUUUCCUGUGCGAUUGCCAGCUGCACUGGUUUCCUGAGUGGGUGGUGGUGCGAGAGCUCCAGGCUGGCGUCCACGCCACGUGCGCACACCCCGAAAGCCUGAACGGUACCAGCAUCUUCCAGGCUCCAACACAGAGCUUCGUUUGUGAUGACCUGCCCAAACCUCAAAUCACGGUUCACCCUGCACCCACGGCCGGAGUGUUAGGGAAGGACGUACGUUUAACGUGCACAGCGGUAAGCAGCAGCAGCUCGGCCAUGACCUUUACUUGGAGGAAAGACCAGGAGCCACUGCCACAUGCCCACGUCGAGAACUUCGCCCACUCCUCCUCCAGAGACGGGGCAGGAAUCAUGGAGUACACAACCGUCCUGCAUUUGCACAACGUCAAAUUCGAGGACGAAGGACGCUACCAGUGCGUUAUCUCCAAUAACUUUGGCUCCACCUACUCCAGCAAAGCACGCCUCAGCAUAAGUGUGCUGCCAUCAUUUGUGAAGACCCCACGUGACCUCACUAUCCGAGCUGGCGCGAAGGCUCGUCUGGAGUGCGCGGCGAAAGGUUACCCGUCUCCGCAGGUUGCCUGGCAGAAAGACGGGGGCACAGAUUUCCCGGCAGCCCGCGAGCGGCGCAUGGAGGUGAUGCCCGACGACGACGUGUUUUUCAUAAUGCACGUGAAGCCAGAGGACAUGGGUGUGUACAGCUGCACGGCCAAAAACACAGCAGGCAUGAUCUCCGCCAACGUCACGCUCACAGUGCUGGAGAUGCCCCACCUGCUGCAGGGAAUGGAGGACCGCAGUGUGGUGCUGGGCGAGGCGGUGGCACUGCAGUGCAAGGCUAUGGGGAGCCCCCCUCCCCGUAUUACAUGGUUGCGUGGCGGCGAGCCGCUGCAGCCAACCGAGCGUCACCACUUCACACACGCCAACCAGCUUCUGGUGAUCAGCAGCACCACAAUGGAGGAUGCUGGCCGCUACACUUGCGUCAUGUCCAACCCUUUGGGCACAGAGCGCGCCCAGUGCAGUCUGACUGUAAUCCAGCGACCCGGUGCCAACUGCCAUCUGAACGCAAGCUCUGGCGCAGUCACUAUAGGCAUCGUCGUAAUCGCCGUCGUGACGAGUGUUGUAGCGACCUCUUUGGUGUGGGUGUGCAUCAUCUAUCAGACGAGGAAGAAGAGUGAAGAGUGCAGCGUCAACACAGAUGAGACCAUUGUUCCUCCUGAUGUCCCGAGCUACCUGUCCUCACAGGGGACACUGUCUGAGAGGCAGGACGUGUGCAUAAGAAUAGAGUCCAGCGGAGGAUCCCAGCCUAGUGGCCACACACACAGCAAUGGGGGUUUUGAUGUUCCAGUCCUGUGUACUGACUGCAUGGAAAACAGUAGCAGUUACACCAGGCCAUCAGACUACCACUGCCAGGGCAUUACAACUCCUUCAGGCACAGAGUUCCAGCAGAUUCAGUUUCCGUCGUCCUUUGGUAGCCAUAUACCGGCCGAGGGGCACUGCAACGGCACGCCGAACGGAAUCCGGAAGGAGGCGGGGUCGCACAAGACAGACGCCGAGAGAAAAGGAUCAGUGGCCAGCGAGACGGGAAAGACAUCUCCAAAUGAGAUCCACCAUCGGCCGCUAAAGCCGACCUCUGUUCCCUCCCCCUGCACAGACACCAAGCUCAAAAAGACUCUAUUACCCAAUGGGCACACACACUUGAGUGAAACCACCCCCCUCCGGCGGGCUAGUGACUAGCACCUCGUGGAAUACCGAGCAAAAAAAAAAAAAAAAAGACUUUGUAUCGGUAUUGCUAUUUUUGUAUCCUGUUUGCACUGUGAACUGCUACCUCAAACCGAGGGGGCGCACCUGGAGCUUGUCCUGCGUCUGAUCGCGGAGUCUAGGCGUCCGGAUUUGAAGGCGAGGCUUGAACGGGGGGGCAUUUUGUGUCCCAGUCCGAGCGUUACAUCUGUACAUAGUGUUAAAAUCCUCCUUAGGGAGGUUUCGUUCACCGCUGCAAAAAAAAGAAUGAUGAUAAGUGACUUGCAUUUGAAGCAUGUUAAUGUAGGGGAUAUUGUAUGAUAUAACAGAGUGCUAUAAUGUUGGACUUUCAAUUGUACAUAAGAGUUUUCAUAUAUAUAUAUAUAUAUAUAUAUAUAUAUAUAUAUAUAUAUAUAUAUAUAUAUAUAUAUAUCUAUAUUAUUAUUAUUAUUAAUAUUAAUAUUAUUAUAUAACUUUUACAAAAGAGUAUUUGAAUCUAUUCUGUGCAUGGUCCGAUCAGAGUGAUGCUAUUUUUCCUAUCUUUUUAUAAACCUCCCAGCCCUGGUGCCUUACAGCAUGAACAAAAAAAUUCUGUGAGUCGGUCAUCUGUCUCUCAGGGCGAGACGCUUCUUCUUUUGUGAAAUGGGAAUGUUUUCCUGCACUUGAAAUUAAGAUAAACACUACAAUCUUUAGCUACGACUUUGCGAUACGAUUUGCGAUACAUACUCGCUGGACUUGAACAGAGGAAACAGUUCAGGCCUAGCACGGUACAAUAAGAUCGAGGGUGGGUGAAGAAACUGCAAAAUUAGCACUUUUGAAUAGUAAGUAUAAUGAGAUUUAAUGCAAUUCUCAAGACGUGUAGGAAGGUUGAAAUUUUCACACUAAAUGCAGAAAUCAAACCGUAAUGGAAUAAACUGUGAUUGUCAUCAUUUGCCCAGCCUCAAAAUGUAGGGAAAAACAAGAAAAGAUUCAGUUCUUCCAUUUUCUGAAGGUACCAAAUGUUAGCAAUUGCCAGUGGUACAAAGAAACGGUACUAUUCGGGUUUAUAUUUAAAUCUACACCAUUGGGGGAACUCGUGUAUGAGGACCUCUACAGAAAAGAAAGUGUGGCAUUGCUGGAAAUUUCUUAGCGUAAGACAAAAGGGAUAAAAGAUCAACAAGCAAAGGGCAUCAUUAUCUGUGUUAGCUAGCUUUCAGGAGACUUUUUUUUUUUGCAAUGUCUACACAUAGGGAAUGGCCAGUAUCUUCAGUAAACACCAUUAGAUAAUGCUAGGUCAACGUUCCUAAACGCCUCAUUAGCUAAUGCUAACUCUAGCCUUUUUUAAACCAAAUAAUAGAUACUAAGCAAAUAACUUAAAUCUGUGAGGCGUUUUUUUUUUCUCCUACACAGAAACCAAACUGAGGGAAUUGUUUGUUAGAAGAGCUAGCUACAAUAUGUUACUGCAAUUCUGUCACUCUGUUACACAACUAACUAUUUUUAUACAGCUAGGUUUUAGCUAACCAGCUAAUUCGGAAUGAAGAGAGGAAAAUCAUGUUUUUCUUCCUCAGAAAAGGUUUUUUACCUGCUAAUGUCCACAGCUUAAGCAACAUAGCCGACUUCUUCACCUUCCUUUCAGAUUAAUUUAUUGAAUUGAACUCGUGUGGCUGUACAUUUGCAACGCUGACAAACAAAAGAAAAAAGGAAAAAAAAAAGUUGACGUGGCAAGUUGACAUGUCUAUUAAAAAUUCUUGACCUUUGA